GCAGGGGAUAUUACAGGCUUAGGUUUUCAACAUUAUACAGUAAACCAUUCUUUAAAUUUUGUUAAUCCCGAUAAUGGUGUCCAUACGCAACAUAUCGAAUCGUAUUGGAAUAAGAAUAAAACUUUUAUCAAAAAAAUGAAAGGCGCUAAAAAGGAAGACUUAAAUUAA